AUGCAUCUCACCCAGCUCAACCGGGAGUGCCUGCUGCACCUCUUCUCCUUCCUGGACAAGGACAGCAGGAAGAACCUUGCCAGGACCUGCCCCCAGCUCCAGGACGUGUUUGAGGACCCCACACUCUGGCCCCUGCUGCACUUUCACUCCCUCGUAGAACUCAAGAAGGACAACUUCCUGCUGAGCCCAGCCCUCAGGAGCCUCUCCAUCUGCUGGUACUCUAGUCGCGUGCAGGUGUGCAGUAUUGAGGACUGGCUCAAGAGCGCCUUCCAGAGGACCAUCUGCAGCCGGCAUGAGAGUCUGGUCAAUGAUUUCCUCUUCCAGGUGUGCGACAGGUGCCCCAACCUCGAGUCCGUCACGCUUUCAGGAUGCGGCCAUGUCACCGACGACUGCCUCGUGCGCCUACUGCGCUGCUGCCAGCACUUGCGUGCGCUGCGCCUGGAGAACUGCGCGCGCGUCACCAACCGCACGCUUGCUGCUGUGGCGACGCACGGGCGCGCGCUGCAGACCCUGCACGUGGACUUUUGCCGCAACGUGAGCGCGGCCGGCCUGCGCCGCCUGAGCGCCGCGUGCCCGCGCCUGGCGCUGCGAGCCGAGCACAGCGCGACGAUGAUCCCCGACCAGCUCCCCAGGGCGCCCGGCACUGCCCUUCGUAAGCUACUGCCGCGCUAG